AUGGUCGCUUUGCAAGUGGGAAUUUGCGGCGCUGGUGUUGCUGGACUGAGUGCCGCCAUUGCUUUGAGGAAAAUCGGCCAUGACGUUGAGAUAUUUGAGCGCUCUCAAUUCAAGAACGAAAAUGGCGCAGCCGUGUCUAUCCCACCAAAUGGUACCCGGGUUCUGGAGCACUGGGGAUUUGACACCACCAAAGCCGGAGGAAUCGAGAACAUCCAGGUUCGUCGACCAAAGGGUGACACACUGGAGCCAAUGGCCCCGACAUUGAACUUCUCCAACGCGGAAAAACUAUACGGCAACAAGUGGUUCUUCUAUCACCGGGUCGAUAUGCACCGCCGCCUGAGGGAACAAGCCGAGGAAGCUGGGGCGAUCAUCAGGUUGGGAACCCAAGUGAUGGACGUGGACCCUGAGACUGGAGUCAUUUCAUUGAAGAAUGGAACGAAAGUGCAAAAGGAUCUAGUUGUCGUCGCUGAUGGCCAGCAUGAUCGCUUGAACGCUAAGAUUACCGGCAAGGAAGUCCCCAUGAAGAGGAGCGGCCAGACAGCAUAUCGAUGCCUCAUUCCCAUGAAGGACAUCCUCGCAGACGAGGAGACCAAAUUCCUGUUCGAGAACCAACCGCCUGGGUUCUGGGCCCCCGCUUUACCAUCCAAGGGCGUCAUGGCCGUCACUUAUCCCUGCCGAAACAACGAAAUUCUCAAUGUGCUGGCGGUGCACCGGAGACUCGGUCAGCAUGCAAGCAGUGAAGACGACGUGGUGAUUGAGGACUGGAACUUCCCCGCGACACACGAGGACUUGGAGAAAGUUCUCGACGGUUUCCAUCCGGCGGUGAAAAAGGUCUUUUUGAAGUCCCCCGAGGUGAAAGUCUACACCCAAAUGAAAAGAGAUCCCUUGAGCAAGAUGACUAAGGGCAAGGCUGUCUUGAUUGGCGAUGCCUGCCACCCUAUGCUCUUGACUCACGCCCAGGGAGUUUCGUCCUCCAUUGAAGACGCUGCUGCGCUCGAACUCUUCCUUGCUGAUGUGCCCGCCACCGGAGACGUUACUUCGGCUCCAUCCGAGAAGCUGCUGCAGCGCCUGGCACAGUUCGAAGCCUUCCGGCUGCCCCGAGUUUCCGCGACACAGAUUCUGACCGACCCUGUCGUUCCGGGACCUCAAGCUGCGGCCAACUAUGCCAAGCAAGAAGCCGAAAUCCGAAAAUACUACUCUGGCCCUCUGCCGCCCACAGGAUCAAUGCCGCACAGCCCACCGAUCUGCCAGUUCUUCUUUGGAUAUGAUGUCAGGAAAGAAGCCAUGAAAUUCCUCGCAGAGCUCAACGGCGAGAAACAGACGAAUGGAGAUGUCCCUGCACCCGUGGCUGCUGCUCCGGAGACACAGAAGGCGGCUGCUCCAGCUCCAGCCCCAGCCCCGGCUCCAGUUCAACAACCGCAGAAAGAGGCCACCGAUGUCGCCGCAAUGGAACAGAAGAUCAAGGACCUCGAGCGCAGAUUGGCCGACAUGGAGAGCAAAUUGGCCGGAAUGAGUGUCCAGAUAUCAUUCAGGGAGGUCCAGCCAACGCCGCCUGAGACGCCCCCUACCACAUUCGGUACAUCGCCGUUCAUCGUUACCGCUCCUUGA